AUGGAUUUCGGUGACUGGGCGGCACCGAUCGUCGCAGUACGGAAGCCAAACGGAACCGUCCGUAUAUAUGCCGACUUCAAGACUGGUCUCAACAACGUCCUUGAGUCGAACCAGUAUUCAUUACCACUGCACGAGGGUAUUUUCCCGAAGCUGGACAUCUUUUUAGUAAUAUUGACAUCCCACGCUAGAUACGCGUGGGUAGAGGUGAAUCCAACCAGCCAACCGCUACUCACCAUAAAAACUCACAAAGGCCUCUUCCAAUUCCUGUGCCUAUCACCCGGCAUCAAGCCAACUCCGGGUGCGUUCCAACAAUUGAUGGAUACAAGGGCUCAAUUGUACUGUUGGUUACUUCGACGACAUUUUGGUUGA